UAAGCCGCAUGGGGAGACGUCAGCUCAAAGCUACAUGAUCGCAUCCCUCUGUGACAAGGAAAGGAUGUUCUGACAAUGCAGACUAAUUAAUUCAACUCUCCACAAGUUUUUUGGGGGGCUGUAAGGAGUGAUGCCCAAAUUUUAUCAGUCAGUGAACUAAAAAUUGAAGACUUUUUCUCUAAAGUGUCCCGGGAUAAGGAAUCGCUAUGCCUGAUCUGUCUUUUAAAUGCAUUUGGUGGGUUUUGGUAUUGUUGUUGACCGGACAUUGUUCCUUAGAUGCAGAUUCUGGAACUCACAAGGAUUAUUUACCAAAUGGAUAUAAAACUUUUUCGGACGCCAGUGAAGUUUUGAAUCAUACGUUGGUGCCAGUUAAAGGUAAAACCGCGAGUUACAUGCCUGGUGAAGGGAAAAUGGCUCUUUCUAGACGGAAAAGAGACCUCCUGUUUCCCAGUGGAGUUAAACUUUGCUCACAUGAGACAGUGCAACAGGCAAUACAGAAUCAUCUCAACUACUUUCACCUGCGAGUGUGCCAGGAAACAAUUUGGGAGGCUUUCAAAAUCUUCUGGGAUCGCUUACCUGAGAAAGAAGAGUACCAAAUCUGGAUGAGGAAAUGUCAAAAUAGUAGUGUUAGCGUGUUUGACAUUAGCCGGAGCUUUAGCCAGUCAGCUGAGCACCUUGCUCUGAUUUCAAGUAGGGUAGGAGCGGCUUCAGUGACAUCAACAAGUGCGCCCACCAGCCCAUGGCAACCUGAAUGCAGACAUCAGACAAAGACUACUGCGCCAACACAAGCAAACGUGGCCACAACCCAACAAGUCAGUAUUAUGGUUCCUGAGGCAGUAACAGAUUCACAGGACAUCACACCACAGACCACUGAAGACCAAAUCUUAUUCACCACUAUGGCUGCAGAGCUUCAGAUGACAAUUGGAAUCAAUCCUGAGCCUGAUCGUAUCACAGCCUUUGAGGACUCGACAGGGAUAAGCACUAGUUCACCUAUAGAACUCACAAGUGUGGCCACUGUGAAACCUAUUUCAGAACCUAAACUGGAGGUAAAACUGGAUGCUACUGACAGUCCUGUCAAAAUAUUGAAUUAUACCAUUCAACAUGAAGAGGUUGAAAUAGUCUUAGAGUCUAAAUUAAUGACAACUGAUAGAACUCCAGAGGAGUCUACUUCAAGAACGUAUGAUUAUGAGAUUCCCACGGCCUUUGAGGACUUGCUAGGAAUAAACACUUCUCCUACAGUAGUCACCAGUGAUUUUACUGAAGAGCUUUAUUCAGAAACAGAGUUGGGACAGGAUGUUACCGAUGGUCCCGUUAACACAGCAGGUGUUACCAUUCAACAUGAAGCUGAUGUUGUCUCAGAGUUUACAUUAUUGACCACUGAUAGAACUCUAGAAGAUUAUACUUCCGAAAAAUAUGAGCAUGAUAUUCCUGCAAUCUUGGAGGCUUCACCCGGGGUAAGCACUAAUACCCCUACGGAAAUCAUCAGCGAAUUCACUGAAGAGCUUCAUUCUGAAUCAGAACUGGAGGUGGGACAGGAUGCUACUCAGGGUCCGGUUAAGACAACAGGUGUUACUAUUCAACAUGAAGAGGUGGCCAUUGUCUCUGAGUCUACAUUAAUGACCACUGAUAGAACUCCUACUUCAGGAAAUUAUGAGUAUGCUAUUCCCACAUCCUUUGAGGACUCAAUAGGGAUAAUCACUAUUUCACCUACUGAGCUCACAAAUGAGGCCCUUGUGAGACAUGACGUUACUGAGGGUCCUGUUAAGACAGCAGAUGUUACCAUUCCACAUGAAGAGCUUGACAUUGUCUCAGAGUCUACACUGUUGACCACUGAUAGAAAUCCAGAAGAUUCUACUUCAGGAAAAUAUGAUUAUGAUAUUCCCACAACUUUUAAGGACUCGCUACGGCUAAGUAACAGUACUCCUACAGAAAUCACUAGUGAAUCCACUGAAAAGAUUAUUUCUGUAACUAAACUGGACAUGGGGCAGGGUACUACUGAAGGUCCUGUUAAAUCAGUAGAUGCUGAAAUUCAACAUGUAGAAACUGAUGUUGUGUCAGAGGCUACACUGAUGCCGACUGGUAGAACUCCAGUAGGUUCCACCUCGAGAAAGUAUGAGACAGAUCUGCCCACAAUCCUUAAGAACUUGCCAGGAAUAAGUACUAAUGCUCCUGCAGUAGACACUAGAGAAUCUACAGAAAAUUUUAUUUCAAAAACUGAGAUUAAUGUUGGAUGGGGUGUUACCGAAAGUCCUGUUAAAUCAGCACUUGUUACCAUUCAGCAUGUAGAUGAAGAUGUCUCAGAAGCUACAAUUAUUUCUACCGAUAGACCUCCGGUAGAUUCUCCUACAGAAAUAUCUCCUGUUCAGAAUGUCUUACCAGAGGAGCCAAUGCAGACAACUCCUACAGAACUAAAAGAGGUUUCGCCUAAUCCCUCAACAGAAGGGUUGCCAAAAGCUCUGACAGAUAAGGAUGUUGUCGAAAUCACAUAUGUGACCAAAGUGCCAGAACUUCUGUCACCCACUACACCUGUAAAUACAUCACCAGAUGUUGUAUCAACAGAGGAUGAACCUAAAGACAUUGAAAUUGUUACAUUUCUUGACAAAAAUGAGGAGGAAGAGACACCCUACACUAAACCUACACCAGAGAUGACAACAAAUGAAGAACUACCAGGUACCAUGACAGAUUCUCCUACAGAAAUAUCUCCUGUUCAGAAUGUCUUACCGGAGGAGCCAGUGCAGACAACUCCUACAGAAUUGAAAGAGGUUUCACCUAAUCCCUCCACAGAAGGGUUGUCAAAAGCUCUGACAGAUAAGGAUGUUGUCGAAAUCACAUAUGUGACCAAAGUGCCAGAACUUCUGUCACCCACUACACCUGUAAAUACAUCACCAGAUGUUGUAUCAACAGAGGAUGAACCUAAAGACAUUGAAAUUGUUACAUUUCUUGACAAAAAUGAGGAGGAAGAGACACCCUACACUAAACCUACACCAGAGAUGACAACAAAUGAAGAACUACCAGGUACCAUGACAGAUUCUCCUACAGAAAUAUCUCCUGUUCAGAAUGUCUUACCGGAGGAGCCAGUGCAGACAACUCCUACAGAAUUGAAAGAGGUUUCACCUAAUCCCUCCACAGAAGGGUUGUCAAAAGCUCUGACAGAUAAGGAUGUUGUCGAAAUCACAUAUGUGACCACAGUCCCAGAACUUCUGUCACCCACUACACCUGUAAAUACAUCACCUGAUGUUGUAUCAACAGAGGAUGAACCUAAAGACAUUGAAAUUGUUACAUUACUUGACAAAAAGGAGGAGGAGGAGACACCCUACACUAAACCAACACCAGAGAUGACAACAAAUGGAGAACUACCAGGUACCAUGACAGAUUCUCCUACAGAAAUAUCUCCUGUUCAGAAUGUCUUACCAGAGGAGCCAGUGCAGACAACUCCUACAGAAUUGAAAGAGGUUUCACCUAAUCCCUCCACAGAAGGGUUGCCAAAAGCUCUGACAGAUAAGGAUGUUGUCGAAAUCACAUAUGUGACCACAGUCCCAGAACUUCUGUCACCCACUACACCUGUAAAUACAUCACCUGAUGUUGUAUCAACAGAGGAUGAACCUAAAGACAUUGAAAUUGUUACAUUACUUGACAAAAAGGAGGAAGAGACACCCUACACUAAACCUACACCAGAGAUGACAACAAAUGAAGAACUACCAGGUACCAUGACAGAGAGUACUCAUGAACAGUCGAAGGAAACACAUGAGCCUAUAAAUGUCUCAAAUGAGUUUGAAGAUGAUCAUUUAGGUAAGGAAGAGGACAUUAUAACUGAGUCCCCAGAAGUUGCUGAGGUCACAGCUGGAGAGACACCUAGAUUGACACAGGAGACUACUGAAGCUACCGAAUCUGUGUUUACUGAGAAAGACAUACGUGUUGAUGAGGACAUAACUACCAUUGCGAGACCUGGUGAGAUGACAAAAGAGGCAACAGAAGUUGCUGGGGUUGAAUUUGAAGACAUUGACACAGACAAAGUAACAGUUCUUGAAAACACACUUGAAGAUUUAGUUGGAGGAACAAGUGAAGCUACUGCUGAAUUGGGUGAUGUAACUGAAGCUGUCAUCUUAGAAGAAUCAUCUGAGGAAAGUCCUGAAGAAACUUCUACUAAAAGAACAGAAACUUCUACUAAGACCACAAGUCAAACCACAACUGGAAUCACACCCAAGGCCACACUUGAUACUUCUUUUGACAUUGGUACCCCUGAAACUGAUAUUGUAGAGUUUGUAACUAAAGGCAUGGAAGAUAAGCAAGACACAACUAAAAUGGAUGAAGGUGAUGUGGAAACAAUUUUCAAAGUUGUUGAAGGCGCAAUGCCAGAUCUUACUGUUAAUAAGUUGGAAAAAGAUAUACUGACAACUGCCAUAAACAAGGACAUACAUGAAGUUACAGAGCCACCAAAAAUUCCAGAGGACACACAUAAAGUUACGGUGGAAAUCACACAUGAAGUCACAUAUGUGCAUGAGACCUUACCUGAGACACCUGAAGCUGCAACAGAGACACCUAAGGUCAUUACAGAAGCUGAUGUCAUAAAAGAGACAACUCAUUUCAUAUCUCAAGUACCCAAAGUUAUACUGAAGACAAGUGGAGCCAUCUCAGAGACACCUGAGGUGACAUCUCAGACACCUUUGUUGAUAUCUGAACUUUCAGAGGUGACUGAGAGAGCACCUGAGAUACAUGUGGUUCAUCCAGAACCUGCAGAGGACGACAUCCCAACUCCUAUCUUGAAAGUAGAGGAUAUCACAGUUGUACUAAAUGACUUGACAACUACUAUUCAAAAGACUUUCUCCACCACAUUACAAAACUUGCCACAGGACAUUUCUAAUGAUAUUUUAGAUGAAAACAGCAAGAUUGGAAAUGAAAUUGAUGACAUUAUGGUCCGACCAGCACGUCCUGUCGGUGAUCAUAUUGUGGAGCUGAGUAUUAAGAUAAGAGGUGAAAGCUUUGAUGAUGCUCUGAGAGAUCCAUCAAGUUACUACUAUCAAUAUCUAUCUGAACUGUUCAUCGAUAAGAUUGAAGAAGUUUUUAAAAGGCUCCCAGGUUUCAAGAAAAUACUUGUGCUUGAAUUCAGGCCACAGAAGGACAUUGAAGGAGGCCUGGCAGUAGUGGUGCACUAUGCUGUGGUUCUUGAGGGCGAUGGUGUGGGCAUAAGUAAAGAGACCAUGGAUUACAUAAACCUACAUUCCAACAUGGUUGAGAACUCCUUCACAGAUCCUGAUGAGCUACCUACUGUUGUCUACACCAUCACUGACUUCCGAAACUACAUCACCGAAGCCCUCCACAGGGAGAAUUUCAUCAGAAACACCACUCUGGAAGUGGACCCUGAUUCUUUGCAACUGGAAAAUGUGGAGACAUUGCUGCCUUCCAAACCAACCAGCAGACCGCUUGACUCCAGUGACAUGAUGGUGAGUCAAUGGUCAUUGGCAGGACCACCCAGUAAACGGGAUAAUGUUCUUGCUUCUGAGAAACCACCAGAUGUUACCAGGCAGGAAUUAUCCAACAAUGACAUCUCCAUUACAAAUAAUGACUUCCUUGACCGCAUUCACAUGAUAGAUCUCUGGAUGGAUGGACAGAGUGAGGACACAAAUGAUGUAAUCAUCUUUGAGGAAAGUCCCACUCUGUCUCACGCAGAUGUGUCUAUGAAGAACUUUGACAUUGAGCGUACCUCUAAAAUUGAGACAUCAAGCAGUGCACCUACUCCUGGUACAGAGAACAAUAGUAUUGUUGAAGAGGAGGGAUUCUUACAGACUGCAACUACAAUCAGUCCUAUCACAGGCACGAUAACUGUAGUUGCCUUACCUUCGGAAUCACCUCACAAGUUGGAAGAGAUCGCAGUUUCUCCUGUGGAACCUCCUGAUGUUGAGUUGACUACUCAGAGUGACUUGAUAGACCUGGGUUCAGGCUCAGGUUUCUCUGGAGAUCAUCUAGGUCCUGACAUUUGGCCUUGGGAGUCAGGAACACCAGAAGAAGUCUUGAAGGAAGAUGAGGUACACCAACCUCAGGAAGAUCAGGAAUCUAUAGUGGAACAGCUUGAGCCUCCCCACCAAGAUCUGACACCCGAGGAGCCAUUCUUGGACAGGGUUCUUGUGACACAAGACAUUCGUACUAAUCCUCACUACACAACAACUGACCAAGCUCCGGUUUUUUGGACUAUGGAGACUUUGACUGUGGAGCUUUCUAUGCAGACCCAAGUAGCCCCUGAACAAUAUGAAGACUAUUUUCCAGAUGAAUCUACCACUAUGGUUACACAUGUGACCAGUCAACCGUCACUAUAUGUCUACACUUCAGCAGGAACCCAAGAUGUGGAUGCAUCACAAAGUUCUGAUACAAUCAGUUCACCUGCUGAUAAGGACUAUACAGAACGACGUGUUACACCCACUGUGAUCCCACCAAGCACAGCAGUAGCCAUAGAUGAACAAAUUACUUCAACAGAAAACAAGCAGAGUCAGGAAACACUGGCCUCCACAACAAAGUCAAAUGAAAUGCCUUCAACCACGCCAUUACCUGUAAUCCUAGAACUUGAUACCGUUUCUGUGGAAGGUCCUACCACUUAUUCAGAAGCUGUUGAGCUUCCUGUAACCGAAGGUAUCAUAGAGUUACCUGCACUCUUAUGGCCAGAGGUAGAAGAAUCAGAUGAAGAAGUCAAGAUUCUAGAUGAGGAGAUGGAAGUCAUCAAGCUUAUGCCUACGGAAAACCCAGUGACUGAACUCUCAGAAGAGGAUUUAGCUGGGGAUGAGAUAUUGGUCGCAACAACAGCCCCAACAACAAUAGCUACUGAGGAACCAAGUGUAGAUCAUUCAGCUUCCCUGUUUCCUGAGAAGGACUCUCCGUUCACUCGGAUAUCACAUUCAUCAAUAGAAGACGAACCUUUACCAGAAUCAACCACAGAACCCCUACCUACCCAAUCAUCUACUCAUUCGGUUCUUCAAGAGACGACUCCAGAGACUCCAACUGAUGUGAUACACACUUAUAUUGCAACUGUUGCAAAGGAGCCUGUUUUAUCAGAGAAUGCUGAAGAUGGAGACUCAACUAUAAUAUUUCAGUCAUCCACAAUGUCUGUCAUUCCAGAUGUUUCAGAACAUUCAGAGACCCUUAGUUCCACCACUGUACCAUCAUUUUAUCAGUCAACAUUCAAACCUACCAACCAGAUAACGUCAGAUGACUCAGUACAAGAGCACACAGCAGGAUCAAGCCCUGACAUCACAGGCCUCAUCCUACCUACCAAACUAGUGAACUCUGACAGUACUACUCUGAAAGUUCCUGUUCCAGUAAACCCCAACAUAACAGAGUUUGAUGUUUCAUUUGACAUAUUCCCAUUUGAUGGGCCAAACCAUGAUGAAGACGACGGUAGCGGAUUUGCUCGUGGGGCUGACUUGGCAAGUAUUGCCUUGCCAGCCAGUCCUGGAAGGGCGUUAAUAGUGUUUUUCAGCCUCAGGGUCACCAACAUGAUGUUUUCCGAAGAUCUGUUCAACAAGAGCUCUACUGAAUACAAGGCUCUUGAGCAGCAAUUCAUGGAGUUGCUUGUACCAUAUCUACAGUCCAACCUCAGCAAUUUCCAAAAUUUAGAGAUCUUGAACUUCAGGAAUGGAAGCAUUGUGGUAAACAGCAGGAUGAAGUUUGGCAAGCCAGUUCCCCAUGGUGUGACAACAACAGUGUACCUUAUCCUAGAGAACUUCUGCAAUACUGCUUACCAAACUAUGAAUCUUGCAAUAGACAAAUAUUCAUUGGAUGUUGAAUCAGGUGACCAGGCUGAUCCAUGUAAGUUCCAAGCGUGCAAUGAGUUCUCCCAGUGUUUAGUCAACCGCUGGUCAGGCGAGGCAGAGUGUGUUUGUAACGCUGGCUAUUUUAGCGUGGACGGGCUGCCAUGUCAGAGUAUCUGCGACAUACAGGAAGACUUCUGCCAGAAUGAUGGGAAAUGUGACAUCAUACCUGGCAAGGGCGCAAUAUGCAGGUGUCGAGUCGGUGAAAACUGGUGGUAUCGAGGAGGACACUGUGAGGAGUAUGUGUCAGAACCGCUGGUGGUUGGCAUAGCCAUCGCCUCAGUCGCGGGGUUCCUCCUCGUGGCGUCGGGCGUGAUCUUUUUCCUCGCCAGAACUCUGCGAGACCAGUGUGACACGGAUGAUUCAGAAGACCCUUUACGAUAUUCAGAGAACAUGCCAUCUCUAGAAAGAGCCACUAAGUACAAUCCCAUGUUUGAAAGUGAAGCAACUACAGGGUAUAAAAAGUACUACCGCCGUUACCCAGAUACCCCUGCGUAUAGCACCGGCAGCGCUGAGACCUCCACGGACUUCAGCAGCGAGGAAAUACGACACGUAUAUGAGAACAGUGAACUUACGAAAGAGGAAAUCCAGGACCGUAUUCGAAUUAUCGAGCUGUAUGCCAAGGACCGCCAGUUUGCAGAUUUUGUCCGACAACACCAAGUGGCGCUUGACGCUAGACGAGAGAGCUCUUCCAAUUAGUGUUGCAAACUGCUAAACCUAAGACACUUGCCUUUUUUUCUUGAAUGCAAGAAGAGGUCCUCUUCAGCCAUGGUGGACUUUGCAGGGAGAUAAUUUGUGAAGAUGUAAAUGGACUUUUGAUUUUAUGUGUUUAUGGAUGAGUGUGCAACCAUCACGAUGGAUUGACAGAUUGUGAUCUAAUGUAGAAAAACGAUGUAUUUGUGAUUAUGUUUACUGUUGUUACCGAUGGGCCGAUUUAUUACUGCAUUGUCAAGGCCAUAUUCAUAAACACUUGUUAGUGACACAUAUCCGUAUCAUCUGAUCACACCAGAUAAUGCAACUAUACGUCCGGGCUUCAUGUUGGUUCCUCUCUUUUUUUUAAUGGAAAGCCUGUAUUUAUUUCUUAUGGUUUUUCAUUUGUCAGUGCCUUCACUUUGAUUGUUACUCUUCGUUUUUAUUUGAAAUGUGGGACAUCAUUUCUUGUGUCCUAAAACACGGACUGACUGAAGAGAGAACGUUUCGCAGUAGUUAUACUAUUUUAAUGAAUACAGAGAAGAGUAGUUCCAUACUUAUAUUUGCAACUUUAGUGUUUAGCCCUCAUGACAAUUUUUAUUUAAUUUUUUUGCAAAAACAGCUUAUUGAAUAAGAAUUUUCAUUAUACAAAAUUGAUUUUAACUUUCCAAUGUUUCUUUUAGUAAUGUGUUUUCUGUUUAGUGACUAUCCUGCAGUUAAUUUUUCUACUUUUGUAAAACACUUACCACACACACACACACACACACACACACACACACAAGUCAUUUAAUCCAAAUGUUAAUGUCUGUCAUCACAACAGAUUGUUCUAUUUAUGUAUAUUUUUAAUAUCGUUGAUUUCCACAAUGAUUUU